GUCGUGGCCUGUGGACAUCUUUUACUCCAUGGUUUUAUUCCUCCUAAGAUAUACGGGGUGACUUCUGGAGGAGAUGUUUGCCGUUAUUUCCUUCAUCUUUGUUCUGAUGACUUGUCAGUCUGGGGUCAGCUUACAGGAAAAGGAAAACCGGAGAGUGAGUCGAGAUACUCAGAGCUUUACCCCCACACCAGUCACGUGUCAACUGGGCAGCUGGGCAGAGUGGACAGAUUGUUUUCCAUGCCAGGACCUAAAGUACCGGUACCGAAGCCUCCUGCAGCCAAACAAGUUUGGGGGCACCAUCUGCAGCGGCAGUGUCUGGGAUCAAGCCAGCUGUCACAGUUCCACGCCUUGUCUGAAUUCAGCUCAGUGUGGCCAGGAUUUCCAGUGCAAGGAAACAGGUCGAUGCCUGAAACAACACCUGGUAUGUAACGGGGACAUGGAUUGCCUUGAUGGCUCUGAUGAGAGUGACUGCGAUGAUGUCAGGGUACCAGAGGAUGACUGUACCCAGUACGAGCCCAUUCCAGGGUCAGAGAAGGCGGCCAGGGGGUACAAUAUCCUGACCCAGGAAGGAGUACAGAGUGUGUACGAUGCCAGGUACUAUGGGGGCCAGUGUGAGACGGUGUACAACGGCGAGUGGAGGGAGCUGCGCUACGACCCUACCUGUGAGCGCCUCUACUAUGGGGAGGAUGAGAAGUACUUCCGGAAACCCUACAACUUCCUCAAGUAUCACUUUGAGGCAAUGGCAGAUACUACUAUAUCCUCAGAGGUGUAUUAUAAUGCCAAUGACCUUCUUUCAAACAUGAGGAAUUCCAAAUCUGUGUCAGGUGGAGUGACCUUUGGGAUUGGCCCUGCACGAAGCCCCUUAAUAGGACAAGUGGGAGUAUCUGGGUCACGAGAUUCUGUACUCUUGGAUAAGUUAAGCAAGUUCAAAAAUAAGAAAUAUGUCUUCGAGAGAAUUUUUACCAAGGUGCAGACUGCUAGUUUUAAGAUGAGAAGAAACAAUAUUGUGCUGGAUGAAGGAAUGUUGCAGUCAUUAAUGGAACUUCCAGACCAUUAUAAUUAUGGCAUGUAUGCCAAGUUCAUCAAUGACUAUGGCACCCAUUAUAUAACAUCUGGAUCCAUGGGUGGCAUUUAUGAAUAUAUCCUGGUAAUUGACCAAGAGAAAAUGGAAUCAGUUGGUGUUACCAGCGAAGAUGUCAAGAAGUGCUUUGGAGGUUCUGUAGGCAUCAAUUACGAAAAAUAUUUUUUCAUACGUGGUGAGGCAAAAUUAUCAGGAGAACGUUGUAAACAUAUUGGAGAUGGCAAUACUGACACUGACAAGAGCAAUCAGGUGAUACAGGACGUCAUUUCCCUCGUGCGUGGUGGCAGCGCUGGCUGGGGUGGUGGCUUGACACAGAACAGCAGCACCAUUACAUACCGAUCCUGGGGGAGGUCAUUAAAGUAUAAUCCUAUUGUUAUUGAUUUUGAGCUGCAGCCCAUUCAUGAGUUGCUGCGCUACACAACCCUGGGGCCGCUAGAAACCAAACGGCAGAACUUGCGCCGGGCCUGGGACCAGUACCUGAUGGAGUUCAAUGCCUGCCGCUGCGGGCCCUGCUUCAACAAUGGGAAACCAAUCCUUGAGGGCACCAGCUGCAGGUGUCAGUGCACCCCAGGCUACAAGGGCCUGGCCUGUGAAGAGACAGAGCGGUCAGGAGACAAGGCGGAUGGUCACUGGAGCUGCUGGAGCUCCUGGUCAGCUUGCACAGCAGGCACCCAGGAAAGGAGGAGAGAGUGCAACAACCCAGCACCCCAGAAUGGAGGAGCCUCUUGUCCAGGGCGGGGAAUGCAGACUCAAGCCUGCUGAGGGCCUCUGCGGAGUCUGGGGCAGAUUUGGCAGUGCUCACUAACCAUAGUGACCACUGGAUGAAGAUUUCUGCCAUGAAGAAAGAUGCAAAAUCAGCAAGGACUUAGUCCUGCCAUUCUCAGCUCUGAGUUCAGGCUGUAUCAAGUCUAUACCCAUUGGUUUUCUUACCCACAAAGCUCAGUCAUUCAAAACUUGAGUGCUGAGUGCUCUCUGAUUCCAUCCUGCUCACAGCAUACACACACACACACACACACACACACACACACACACACACACACACAGAACUUAUCUUAUAUGAACUUCCAAGAUCUUCAAGGAUAAGGCAGGCAGAUGUUCUUCAAAUAAAGUAGGAUGAGAAUGAUCUCAGUUCAUUGAUAAGGCAUCUAUUCACUCAUAGGACUAUUGCUGAUUUGAAGAUAAGCAGAUAGACCAGAAUGAGAAAAAAUAUGAAAGGUUGACUUGAGCUCCUUCUAGAUUCCUCAUUUGAAGUCAGCACAUUCUUAUAUAAAAUCAAUCACCCUUGUUUGCAUGAAUUCUUACCAGGAAUACCAUGAACCUCACAGCUCAUGAUGCUUUUCCUUCACAUUUAGUAAUGACUGAACUACUUGCUGUGGCUAGUCUCUGCCUCCUGUAUCCCCAGAGAUGGUUAUUCUGAGGUCAGGAAUCAGCCUUGCUGGGAAUGAGCACAACAUCACCAGAAAACAAAGGAACCUUUAAUGGGGAGGGACCACAUACCAUUUGUGGAUGCAGUAAGGGACUGAUUUCUAGAGCCAGUUCAAAGAGGUCCAGAUGGAUUGAUCUUUCAGAGGGGAGCCAGCCUGUAGAAGGGACAUUCAUUUCAUGGUGAUAAGGUCCCUAAAUUUAGUUUGAAGCAGUUGCUUCUCUAUCUCCACAGCAGUGGCUCUUAUUCCUAUGUUCCCUCCUGUCUCACACAGACAACAUAUUAUGCUGAAUGGAAUGUUCUGCUUACCUAGAAAUCCAGUACCUCUUCCCUAGAUUGGGAGUUCAGGGAUUAAAUCAGAAUUUUCAGUGUAUAGUUGCUAGAAGCAAUAUCUGAUUAUAUGUGAGUCCAUCCAUACAGGUAUUUCUUCUAUCCUUCCUGAAUCCUCCAACCUCUUAAACAAGUUAUAAGACUUAUUCUUAUUCAUGUGAUACAAUCUACAUGAAACAAUUAGGAGGGGGAAUUUAGGGCCACAGAAAAUUAAUUGCUAAAUUAAUGCCAAAAUGUAUUACACAAAGAACUGUUGGUGGAAGCCAGGAAAAGUUUUUCCAUUCCACAUCUGUGUAUGUUGUCUAGGCAGUGGGCCCUGACCAAAUCUGAAAGGAUUUUUGAACUAGCCAUUGGCCAGCGGGGAUGGGAGAUGGGAUUAGGGGAGAGAGAAGGGGGCAAUUAGUGAUCUUUAAGACAGAACAGAACAGAAAUUCACCAUAAAACAAAGUUUAAAGGUGAGAAAAUAGUAGGAGUGUGUGGGUUGGGAGUACAAAGAUGGUGAACGGAAACAAAAUAUUAUAUAAAAACUCAGCACUCUGGACAUAAUGUGCUAAAUGAUGUGUAUCACCAUUAUUAUUUUUGCUAAUCAUAAAGCUUAUAGUUCAGAAGUUUAUUUCCAAACCCUCUAGCUUUUCUACCUGAAAGAAGAAAUAAACUCCCUUAAUGCUUCUUA